AUGCAUCUCCUCUUUCUUCAGCUGCUGGUGCUCCUGCCACUGGGGAAGGCUGCGUGGCCCCAGGAUGGCGGCCAGAGUCAGGGUUCUGUUCCCCCUGUGCUCCUGCCAGAGAGAAAUCCCAGAGAGCUUCCCCUGGGCAACCACAGGGAGGCCGAGGAGAAGCCAGAUCUGUUCGUAGCCCUGCCACACCUGGUAGGUACCAGCAUUUUGGGGGGAGGUCAGUGGCAGAGAGAGAAGAUGCUAUCCAGGUUUGGCAGGUUCUGGAAGAAGCCUGAGAGAGAACUCCACCCAACGCAGGACCCCGUCAGUGAGCAUAGUCCACCUGGGACCCAGGCCCUUCCUCAGCCCAAGGACCGGAUGCAGAUAAAGAAGUCUCCUCUUCAGGAAGAAGCCAAGAAAUUCUGGCACCGCUUCAUGUUCAGAAUGAGUCCGGCUUCUCAGGGGGUCAUCUUGCCCAUCAAGAGCCAUGAGGUGCACCAGGAGACCUGUAGGACCCUGCCUUUCAGCCAGACCAUCACCCAUGAAGACUGUGAGGAGGUGGUUGUGCAGAACAACCUUUGCUUCGGGAAGUGCGGGUCUGCUCGUUUUCCUGGAGCUGCACAGCACCCCCAUGCCUCCUGCUACCACUGCGCGCCCACCAGGUUCACCACGAUGCACUUGCCGCUGAACUGCUCAGGCUUCGCCCCCGUGGUCAAGGUGGUGAUGCUGGUGGAGGAGUGCCAAUGCAAGGUGAAGGAGGAGCACCAUGAGCACGGACACCUCCUCCAGGCAGGCUCCCAGGCAGACUUCCAUGCCCCGGAGCCCUUCAUCCCAGGGUUUUCAACUUAA